UGCGCGGUCCGAUCAACAUCAAUCAUCAGCCUUCAUCGGUCUAGUAUUGUUCUUGUUGAAUUGUUGUUCCAGAAACACUCUUAUUGAUCAAAGGUGUAACCUUAAGACCUCUACGAUGAAGUUCCUGAAGAAUGUAGCACUGCUGUCGCUGUUGGUUCUCUUCAGUUUGAUGGCUGCUGGAGCUGAAGAAGAAGAAAGCACUACGACCACCGAGGGAUCUACUAGCACAGAAGAAUCCAUGACUACCGACGACUCGAUAAAUCGAGACAAGCGUUUCUUGUUCUUCAUGAAGAAGAAAGGCGGCGGAGGUGGAGGUGGUGGAGGAAAGGAAUUAGGAGGCAUCGACAAUCCAAUUCCGAUGGUGGGAAUCGUCCAGCGACCUGUGCCUGUGCCUGUUCCUGUACCGAUGGACUAUCCACCUCAAUCAUAUGCCCCUCCACCAAGCUAUUCUCCUCCAGCGUAUGCUCCUCCUCCUAGCUACCCACCUCCAUCUUAUCCUCCCCCAAGUUAUUCACCACCUCCGUACGCUCCUCCGCAAAGCUAUUCACCCCCAGCGUAUGCUCCUCCCUCUCCUCCACAAUAUGCCCCUCCCCCUCUUCCGCAAUAUGCCCCUCCCUCUCCUCCGCAAUAUGCCCCUCCCUCUCCUCCAAGCUAUUCGCCUCCAGCUUAUUCCCCUCCCUCUCCUCCACAAUAUGCCCCUCCAGCUCCCCCUGCUUAUUCCCCUCCAGCUCCACCUUCUUAUCCUUAAAGGAUUCUUCCUCAUAGGCGGAUUAGCAAACCGCCAUCUUUUGAGCUGGCUUAAAAGAAAACGUAGCAAAUGUCUGUAGUUUUGAAUGCUUACCAGAUAUUUUUAGGUUUGAUGUGAGUUAUCGAGAAUACAGUAAUUCACUGCAA